AUGCAUAUUCCCAGUCAGCCCGCUCUACCCAAGGUACUCGCCGCCGAGAAGCUCUCCCCAGAUGGUCUGGCGCUGCUUCGCAAUGGAGUGGACGUCCACGAAAAGAAAGGCCUCAGUCAUGAGGAGUUGCUGUCCGUCAUCCCCGAAUAUGAGGCCUUGCUAGUGCGUUCAGAAACAAAGGUGACUGCGUCGUUGCUCCAGGCUGCCAAGAAGCUCAAGGUUGUUGCUCGCGCCGGAGUUGGUGUUGACAAUAUUGAUGUGGAGGCUGCCACAAAAUUAGGCAUUGUUGUCGUUAACUCGCCUUCCGGGAAUAUUGGAGCAGCAGCCGAACACACUAUAGCUCUCAUGAUGUCGAUGGCAAGGGCCAUCCCUGAAGCAUGCAGGAGCCUCAAAGAAACUAAGUGGGAGAGAAGCAAGUUCGUUGGUGUUGAGGUGAAGGGAAAGACUCUUGGAAUUAUUGGUCUUGGAAAAGUGGGCAUUAUUGUUGCUAGAUCUGCAAAGGGACUGGGCAUGAACGUGGUUGCCGUCGAUCCAUAUGCCACGACAGCCGUCGCUUCGGCGGCAUCAGUCACGCUUAUUCCAUCUUUAUCGGAGAUGCUCCCACAGGUCGAUUUCCUCACUAUCCAUACCCCGUUGAUUGCAUCUACAAAAGGCAUGAUAUCUACGGCCGAGCUAUCGCAAAUGAAGGCCGGGGCUAGGAUACUUAACGUCGCUAGAGGAGGAACAAUUGACGAAGUAGCCCUACUGGCUGCCCUUGAAUCCGGGCAUAUUGCCGGCGCUGCUAUUGAUGUCUUUACAAGCGAACCCCCCCAAGAAAAUUCCAGCGCUGCAAAACUGAUUUCCCAUCCCAAGGUGGUGGCAACUCCUCAUCUAGGCGCUUCGACAGUGGAGGCCCAGGAAAACGUGUCGAUCGAUGUUUGCGAGCAGGUUCUACAGAUCUUACAAGGCUCUUUGCCUCGCAGUGCCGUGAAUGCUCCUCUUAUCCUUCCCGAAGAGUAUAUUAAACUGCAGCCGUUUGUGCAAUUGAUUGAGAAGCUGGGCAGCUUGUACACUCAGCACUACACCUCCACCAGUGGUUCGCUCAACCGCAACACGUUUGACCUGGUUUACCAGGGAGAAAUAGCCGGACUCAACAACACCAAGCCACUCUUUGCAGCUCUGAUUAAGGGCUUGACAACUCCAAUUAGUAGCUCAGCAGGAGGCAACGUAAACAUUGUCAAUGCAGAACUCAUUGCCAAGGAACGAGGAAUUGUAGUGAAUGAGCGACACUCGCGCGACCCUUCAAGCUAUCCGUACUCGUCUCUGGUUAGUUUGGUAGCUCGGCCUCCAUCUCGGGCCUCUUCAAGAGCCCCUGGCGAUUCAGCAAAAGACUCUUCAGAGCGCCAUGCCCGUCCGCAGCAACAAAUCAUAUCCGGUACCUGCUCGGGAAACCAGCCACUGAUUACACGACUUGAUCGGUUCGAGACAUCUUUUGUUCCAGAAGGCACUUUACUCAUCUGCCAUAACUUUGAUUCACCCGGUAAGAUCGGCGUGGUGGGUAGCAUUCUGGGACAGAGAGGGGUGAACAUCAACUUCAUGGGAGUUGCUCCGGUAUCCAAGAAGCUUCCUGAAGAAGAGGACGGCGAGAAUUCCAGUUCAGCAAACGACGCAGGCUUGCAGAAUGAGGCAUUGAUGAUACUUGGAAUCGAUCGGGGUGUGGAUUCAGAUGUGAUUGAUGCCCUGGUAGGAGAGGAAGGCGUUUUAAGUGGAACAGUCGUGACUUUGUAG